AUGGAACCGCAACUCAGAACGCCCGACCGCACUUGCACCCCCCUCCUGAGGAAGCUCCGCAAAAGGGCACCCACCUCUGCCCUUGCUGACAAAUCCGUGGCUCCCCGGAGCCGACCUGCUGCUCGUGGCUGCAAACGCAAGCAUCGCACAUGUGCUCCCCGGAAGGUGCCAAAAAGGAGAUGGCGCAAAAAGCAGCUAAGACGGGCGGCUCCACUUCAUCCACCAGGGUGUUCCCGCCAUCACUCACCUCACCAGCAAGAGAAUCUGCUCCCUCGCCUCCAGCACGACAAGCCUGAACGCAAGCUCCUCAACUUAUGCUGCUGGAAGUGCAGGGCUGCAGCUCUGCAACCGCAAACCCCAACGGAAACCUGGGCUGACUGUGGGGGAAAGAUCGGAACAGACUCUCCGGGAACUUUGGCUGCAAGUAGGGGCAUUGGUUAG